GAAUCUCAGUCGAUAAAACAGUGUUCUGACAAACUCGAAUAACAUUAGGGGGUUAUCAACAAACGCAAAAAAUAUAAAUACGCCUAUAGUAAAUCAGUUUGUUACAAAACAUGUCGCGAAAUUUCGGCAAAACUGUCAACGAAGCUGUGAAGCCCCUAUCUUGGUUAAUCGGCCAUUGGAAGUCCAUCAAAGCCGAGGGGGUUUACCCCACCAUUGAACCCUUCUCAUAUUGCGAGGAAAUGGUCUUUGAGAGUAUAGGCCAACCCUUGUUGAACUACACGUCGCGUACCUGGCAUCCAGAAAAGGGGAAUCCCAUGCACCUUGAGAGUGGCUUUCUACGAAUCAAUCCUGGAACAAAUAAUAUCGCUUUUAUGAUUGCCCACAAUUUCGGUGUGACUUCAUUGGAGGAAGGUGUCGUCACGAAUACAACACUUAAAUGCAAAUCGACGCACAUCUCACGAAUGACAUUUGCGAGGGAUCCCCCGGUUUUGGCGCUUGAGAGGGAGUUUAAACUUGUGGAAAACGGCAAUUUGGAAAUAACUGUGUAUAUGGAAACGUCCAAAACGCCCCUAACGCAACAUUUGAAAGCCUUGUAUGAAAAAAUGUAAAUAAAGACACAAGUUGAAAGUU